UUAACGCUGACAAACAACAUGUGGAUGGAUUCGCAGCAUGCAAAAAGUGCAAGCGGGUGUUAGCUUAUGACAGCCAUAGAACAGGCACUUCCAGCUUGAAAAAACACAUAGAGAAAUGCACGGUAAGACGUCUAUAGAUUGCACAGUAGUAAAUUGUAGUGCAAAACGUGGAGCUUAAAAUGCGCAGCCGGAAGGACAAAGGUGGUUAGCUCGGGUUGUGGCCGUCGGUUCAAUUCCACAUGGUUCGGGUUGGGGUAGCAGUCUUUCCUAAUGGCGGUUUGCAGUCGGGUCCGAUAGAUCAGUUUGUGCGGUUAUGAUUUUUAUUUUAUUUUGGGGGGGAUGAAAUUGGACUCGUCUAUGUGCGUGUGAGACUUAAAAUAAAAUGCGUGCUAUUGUCAAGCAGAAUACUUUAUUUAUUAUUUUUAAAAUGUUGCUUUUGUAUGUGUCGACUAUGUGGAGUGGUGAAAACGGUAACCUUUAAUCCCAGCACAUGCGCAAUGAAAUGUCGCAGAUCCAGACGGCCACCAAAGACUGCAGUUGAUAGCUCAAACGAUCCUUCCAUUACACUAAGAACCAGCAGUUGUGAGAUAUGGAAUGUAGAAGCAGAGACCGUAAAAAUAUAGAAGUCACACGUGGAGAUAUUUGAAUGACAUAUCUUCCGAAAGUGUGACAUGCAAGCUGUGUGCGGCUGUUCUGAAGCGGACGAGCGGUAGCACAACAUCCACGUUGAGACAUUUAGAAAUGAUCUGUCGCUAAGACAUAUCAAAACGCAGCGAGAACUGAUGGCGACCGUUCGAGGUAAGAUUCCUUCGUUGAAGAACAGCAAAACAGAAGCUGCAAUAAAGGAAGAGAAGCUGUCCAAGAAGAGCACACAUGAGGAUGAGGAGCCACACCCUAAAAGAGGGAUGUCAAAGCAAGAACCCAAUACUUCAGAGGUAGCCUUGACAGAAGGUGGGGCUCCAGAGCAGUUUGAGUUUCAGUAUGGACUUGAGGGACCAGCAUUUGAGAAUGGGGAGUCCUCCAAGAGCCAUCUGUCCAUCAUCAAAGUAGAACAACUGGACUCUCUCCUCCCAGACCAAACAGACUCCAGCUGUGGUUCAGGGUCACCUGGGGAUUCGGGGCCUCCUGGCUCAUCUGGUUCUGGGUCCAAUACUAGUCUGGCUUCACAGUUUUUCAAGAAGUGCCACCAGGCAGGCUGCACACAAUUCAUCUUCUCGGAGUUUGCCUCCCGCCUCAGCAUCAUCACUGAGAGGAUUGCAUCCCAGCAGGCCAGCGAGGAAGAUUUCAACCUCACCCUGAAAGUGCUGGAGGCCUCUGGGAUGCUGCCAGAGAUCUUUACCAAAAGAGAUCAAGAAAUGGAUAAGAGACUGAGGGAGCUACAGAGAGAGACUGUAGCGGUGAGGACUGCCAGGUCUGCAAUGAGAGAUGCUUGCGUCAUGAGCUUCACCUCAUCAUGACAGAGCACCGCUGAAGAUCAAAGCAGUUUUAUAAGGUGUUAUAACCAGAGCCUGGGUUUUCUGACAACUUGACUGAACUAGGAAGGUAUAGGACCUGGAGUUUUCCCUGGUCCAAUCCCCACGUCAGGAAAAUCGGGGCCCCUCCUUUUAACCUAAAUGUAAAUAUUUCAAACCUUUUGUAUUUGACAUUUUUCUACCAAUGUUCAAACUUGAACUCUGUGACAUUUGAACUCUGUGACAUUUGAACUCUGUGACAUUUGAACUCUGUGACAUUUGAACUCUGUGACAUUUGAACUCUGUGACAUUUGAACUCUGACAUUUGAAUGCAGUUUUUCACCCUGGCCACUAACUUGAGUGGCAUGUUAUACCUUAAAUUGGUAAUAUAAUCUUUUGACAGACAUUGGUUCUGAGGUUAUUGGUGAUGUUUUUAUGUUAGUAGGUGAUCCUUAGUCUCCCCCUCUGUACUGUAUGUUAUAUGCUCACUAACCCUUAACAGACUUACUAUAUCCUAAUAUACUGAAUGUGCAAAUUAGUCAAAAGUUGACGGUUACUAUGUCCACUAGUACUAAAAGAUAAAUUAUUUAGAAUACACUAAUAUAGUAUACUUGAGAGUAAAGUUGAGACCUGUGAUGUUCUGAGAAUGAAUUAAACUUGUUAUGUAAAUGGAUUGUGAUAAUUUCAGAUUAAAAAAUGUCCUGAACUUGA